AUGAGGCGAACACUGGACGGUUUUCAAAACCCCGGUGUUCAAAUUGUUGCUGGCGAGAGCCUUGUCGAUCUGGAGUACACAGAUCACAUCGCCCUUAUCUUUGAAGACCAUAGCGGAGCUCAAGCCCUGUUGAAUAAACUGACCACUAUCAUACCAUCUUUUGGCAUGCACCUUGCACCUUCGAAGUGCAAAGUCGUGCUUCAGAACGGUAGGUCGCGGAGGAGUAUGAAGGAGAUCACGAAACGCUUGGGUGCUGUCGGUGCUACUCGCCUUCCAGGAUGGGGACCGCGUGAUCCUCACUGUGCCUGGUUGGUGCGUUGGUUGAGACGUGUUACGUAUACCGAACCAUCGUUUGCCGAAGAGAGUACUGUUUUUCAUGCCCGAUUCGGAGUGGCGUAA